CCAUUUGUCCUAGAAUCUUGCCAUAAUUUUAACCCCAAACAAAUUUUUUCCCUUUUCGAUAAAAAUGCACGUAUUUAUUUCGUAAUUUUUAAUACUCGUUUUUCGUAUUUUACUGUUUAUUUUCACAGAAAUUUCUUAUUUCUGUCGUUACGUUCUUACGUCGAAACGAACUAAGGAAUGGCGGUAUCGAAAGCCCGGUAAAGGGGGCGCGCUAAAAGAAGUUGCCUAUCGGUGACGUUUGUUGGUCGGGUCGAGUUGGCAACGUUGCCGAAGUAAACAUGGCGUAAUUAAGCGAUCGAGGGAACGUGUAAACGAAAACACGUGCUUAGUAAUCGCUGUUACGAUGAUAAACAAAGCGGACUGUAAUUAUAACUCGAUGGAUAACAAACCCGCCUCUAAUUCGCAAAAGAGUAACUGUGGAGAGGAUUAUAUGUACUACGAAGAAAAUGGCGUUUCUCCUCUACACAAAUAUGCGUUGAAUGGAGACAAAACAAAUUUGAGAAAAUUAUUGGAUUCUGUCGAAUCCAUCGAUUUGGAAGUAAAGGAUAAAUUUGGCAAAACGCCUUUGAUAUUCAGCGUAAUUGGUAAUCACGUGGAAUGUGCCAUUAUUCUACUUAAGUCCGGCGCUAGAGUGGAUAACAGUGACAAAUGUGGACAGACUGCGUUACACUGGGCGGCACAUAAAGGUUUGAGACGCUGUGUUCGUCUGUUAUUAGAUAAUGGAGCACUUUGGCAUCAGAAAGAUAUUUAUGGUGUAACUCCAUUGCACUUAGCUGCAAGAGCCUCUUCUCCAAAAUGUUUAGAAUUAAUUAGUAAAGAAGUACAGUUUGGUCAAACAGAUAUUGAAGAUAGCAGUAAGAAAACACCUCUUCAUUGGAGUGCAGCAUUUGGCAAUGCCAAACAAAUUAAAAUUCUUCUCAAAAAAGGUGCCAAUAUACGGAUUCCAGAUGUCGAAGGAAAGACACCUCUCCAUUUAGCAGCUGGCUGUAAUGAACCCGGAGCUUUAGAAUGUGUUAAAGUUUUAAUGGAAGAAGCACCUAGUGUUAUAAAUUGGCAAGAUUAUGAAGGGAGAAGUGCAUUACAUGUAGCAGUAGCUUUGGGUUCAACUGAUAUUGUUGAUUUAUUGACAUCUACUGAAAGAUGUAAUCUUAAUUGUCCUGAUAAUAUGUUUUGUACCCCUCUGCAUUGGGCAGCAUCUCUCGGUUUAGCAGAUAAAGUCAGUCUGCUUUUGGAUCGUAGAGCUGAUUUUCAUAGCACAGAUAUUAACGGAGCAACUCCUUUACAUUAUGCUUCUCAAGGAAAUUAUGCUGAUACUGUAGCUGUGUUUCUUUCAAGGAAUUACAUAACAGACAAAAGGGAUUCGGAAGGUAGAAAUGCAUUGAUGUGGGCAGCAGCGAGAGGUGCUGAUGAUGUAAUUCGCACCAUUUAUACAUUUGGUGUGGAUCUAUCAUUAAAAGAUGAAAAUGGAGCAUCAGCUCUUCAUGCUGCUGCUAGUCAAGGAAAUAUAACAACUAUUGACAUGUUGUUGGAUUUAGGAGCUCCUUUGGAAGCUUGUGACAAAAAUGACAUGACUCCUUUUCUGUACGCUUGUAUCAGGGGAAAAGCAAAGUCCGUUCGCCUACUCAUUGAGAAAGGAGCUUCUUUAAUGUCGAUGGAUAUGGAUGGUCGAACAUCUCUUCAUUGGGCAGCAUUGGGAGGCCACGCUUACGUUUGCCAGAUUUUACUUCAAAAUGGAUGUGAUCCAAACUGUCAGGAUUUUUAUGGAAGAACACCUUUAUACUGUGCCAGCCACGAGGGUCACAUUAAUUGUACAUCUGUUUUACUUGCAAAUGGUGCUAAUCCUAAUGUUGCCGACAAUGAAGGUAAAAUCCCUCUUCAUGUUGCUUGUUUGAAUGGCUGUCUGGAUGUUGUGAGAUUAUUAUGUGAAUAUGGUGUUCAUGUUAAUUGCAUGGCUGCAGUAAAUAAAAGAUGCACUCCACUGGAUUAUGCAUUGAAAUCAGAACAGACGGAAAUAGCACAGAUUCUUAUAGAGUCGGGAGGCCUGACGUCUUUGGAUAUCGAAACGAUUGCUGCCGCCGUGAUUCAGGCAUUUUUUAAAGGGAUUUUAAUUAGAAAACAGAUUGCGACCAGAAAAAGAUUAUUUAAUUUUUUAUCCAUCAAGAAAAUAAACCAGACAUGGACGGGAAGAGCGUGUUCGGCCAGAAACUCUUGCUGCGGAAGCAGCGACUCGGAAUUUCAUCAGAGUUCGAACUUUCGAGAUUUGGCACCGUUAUUGGACAAGAGUUUCGAAACCAGACCGAAAAGUAAAAUUCCCGUCGCCGUGUGGAGAAACGGCAAAUUAAAAUUUCUGCAAUCUUUAGAACAGGCCAAACGCAUAAACUGGGAAGAUAUAAAUUAUCCCAAAGGUUGCACCAGUCAUUGUUAUCAUUGUUGCACGUGCCAUUUUAAACUCGACAAGUCUUGCCACAAUUGUUUUCGAUUUUCCGUAUUUCCGACGAAACACGGAAGUCGUUCGUUUAAUAGUCUUUUGAGUAAGGAAAGGCCGAGCGCCGAAAUAAGAAACCGCGCGGCUAUGGUUAUUCAGAGAGCCUGGAAAAGAUACAAAAAAUGUCAAGCUAUUUUAAGAUGAGGGCGGAAAGUCAUUUAUCCGAUACGGCGAAAUGCUUAUUUAUUUACCGCGGCGAGUCAUUUUCGGAGGAGGGAAGCCAAAGGGUAGAAGUAUCCGGCAGGAAACUGUUUUAUCAAUUACAUUAUUUUAGAAUUAUCGGCAGGCCGACGUCUGUCGUCCGUUAGAAAUCAUUUACGCCGGUUCCGAAGAUUUUACACGUCGACUUUUAAAAAUACGCGAUAUACGAGAUAUAUAAAUUGGAAACUCGGGUAUUUUAGCCAAAUAAACGUUUUUUAACGCCCGGGCGGUUGGUAGUUGGAUUUUCUUUGCCACACCUCGGGAACAAACAAAACGGUUAACGAAAGUAAAAAUAACCUUUUACUUUCGCCUAUUAAGUUUUAUUACGGUAUUGUUAAGAUACUGCACUCGUGUGCCGAGCCUUUUCGUUAUCCACCGGCCUAAAUCCCAGGAUUUUCCCACGCUUUUGUCCUUUAAUUUCCAUCCCGUACAAACCUCGGUCUUCCCACGCAAAUACGGUAAUAGGCGCGUUUUUAUUCUGGAUUAAAACCGCCGUACAAGUUUGCUGUACAGGUACCGCGUAACUAACGCUAUUCCCGCACGUCGUUAAAUUAGUUAGGUUGUGAAAACGGUUUAAAAUUUGUACACUAUGAAUUUUUUCUAUUCGUAAUUUUUAAUCCCAAGAAGCGCCGUUUUGACCGUCGUUGCCCGGCCGGAUUGGGAGGCAGAAUCGAAGAAUUUUUAAAUCGGCCCUAAAGGUUGAAUACUAUCGAGUGUCUGCUUUUGUAAAUGGCUCGCGCUUUAUUUUCAAAACCAACAAAAUUUAAUAUCGAAUUUUCGGUGCAACGUCUUAUUAAUAAAUGCCCGGUGAUCGACUGCGCCCUCGUCGGUACGCUGGAAUAUAGGCCGGAUGGCCGAGCGGCGAGGUGGCAGCCUACCGCUCUGGGGGAU